UGCGGCAGCAAACAGCAGUGAAGUGAAGAAAGGAUGAAUAUUCUAAGGCAAAUUCUACCAGUAUCCCUACAAUUUGCAAGAUGUAUUUCCACAACAACCUCUCAACAGGCUUUGGCACUUUAUCGAAGGAAAGCAACAAUGCCGGUACGACAAAUCUGCACCACCCCAUCCCGGUAUGAUUUGAUGGAAUUCUUCGACGACAAGAAGAACUGGGGCGAACAGGAAGUAAAACAUGGUCGCGCGUGGACAAAAGACGAUCUGCGGAUUAAAUCCAAUGGUGACCUGCACAAACUUUGGUUCGUACUGCUGAAGGAACGUAACAUGCUGCUGACGAUGGAACAUGAGUGCAAAGCAAAGAUGGAGCUGUUUCCGAGCGCCGAGAGGCUAGAUAAGGUUGAAGAAUCGAUGGGAAAUUUGGAAGAAGUAGUGCGGGAGCGGAACCGUGCCUAUUACGAGCUAGAAACGGGCGAAACCGGCGAACGUCCCGGCCGAGUCGUUCCAAACGAGCUGGGAGUACGGUUUUACUAUCGCGCAUUUGAACACGUGAUUCCGAGGUACGCCAACCGCAAAUGGAACGAACGGCACAAGUUCACAUUUGGCGGAAAAGCAGUAUGGAAGUUCCUGCGCCUGUACCGCGAGCGGCUGUACAACCAGAAGCGAAAGCUGCGCAAUCGCGAACGUAACGAGGUGGUUCAUCUGUUGCGACGAUUCCCCAACAUUGAUCGCGACUCGCUGGCCCAACGGUUCCCAUCGGUCGACGUGGAAAAGCUGUACAAGUUGGAUAAAAUCCGUUUGAACCGGUCGGUGGACAAUUAGCGUAUACGCUGAUCGAUGCGAAGAUGCUAGUGGUGAAUAAAGAAUGUAACAUGUGAACAAA